AUGUAUUCUAAAUAAACAACAAUCUCAAAGUCGCAGAACUUAAAAUCUAAGCUUUCUAUUAAGGACACAAUGUCGAAUUCUCACUAAAUUCAUAGUCAACCCCAAUCUUCUAAGGGCAAGGACCAUCCAAAACAAGAAAAUAAAUAAGAUUGUAAUCAGAUGAAGAAGAAACUUUGCAACAUUUUGGGGAAGAAUAGUGAAUCACAUAAGAUAUUUAAAGUUUCGCCAACCAACUCGCUUAAGCAAUAAUAUUUCGUCUCUGCUUCUUUGUAGCAAAAAUCGAAGGGUUCUGUGUUAAAAUACAAUCAUACAACUGAUAAUAAUGAUUCUCUCAAAACUCUCAAGUGCAACGCUUUGAAGUUACUCAAACCCAAUAAACAUAAAGACAUUAACAAAUAUCACGAAUUCUUAUCGAAUAACAAUUUUGAUAUGCAAAAGCAAUUUGGUAACUUUGUUCGAUCUAUUGAUGAAAUUUAAGCUGAGUAAUUACCCAUUUAAAAUACUGAAAGAAGCAGUUUAAUUGCACUUUUUGAAAAACUCAAUGAAAAAGAUUAAAAGUAAAUUAAGCCAAAAAGAUAAACUCUUCAACACUCAGAAUCUUAUUCAUAAAAGCAAUCUAUUGAAGGCGAAUUCAUUGAUUUAAGAUUGAAGCAAAGAAACAAGUGCAAUUUCUCUAAUAAUUCAUCAGGACAAUUAGUGAAUCCAAAUUCAACAACAACAUAAAUACAUUAGAAUCCAAUAACAUCAAUUGAACAGAAAAUUAAAAUCGAUGAAAACUUAUAAACAAUUGUCGAUAAAACUAAAUAGAUUUUAUUAAAAUAUCAAGCAAAAUUGAAAUAAAAUGACAUUGAAAAGGAUGUAUUAAUAUAAGAAAUAUAAUAUUGGAAAUCUAAAUACUUAAAAUGUAAACAACAAUAAUUUUGA